AAAGUAUUCUGCCUCUUAAAAUUCAAUUAAAGCAAUACUUACAUGGAAAUUGAUUGUGAUUCAUAAGUAGCAUGUCACUCAGAAAUCCAGUAUGCUGUUACAAAGAAAUUACUACUUGCACUGGGAAUUUUGCACAAAACCAGAAUGGCAGGUUGGAAGCUUCCAUCUUGGGCGAUGUCCAAAUCAUUUUGGAUUGCUGUAUCUUCUUCAGUGACUACAGCUGCUGUUAUUCUUGGUACAUUGGAGUCUCGGAAGUAUCGCUCAAUCCAACACUUGCAAUCGAUGAUUGUAAGCGAUUCAGGCAAAAGUAUUCAGCUCUCUCCCUCUGGUAUUCCUAUUGAUUAUGAAGAAAAUACUGAUGAGAAUCAAACAGAAAAAGAUGUGAAGAUUCCAUAUGACGAAGAAUUAAUUCGUGAGCAACUUGCCCGUAACUAUGCAUUCUUUGGUGAAGAAGGUAUGGCAAACGUUCGUAAUGCCUUUGUUAUAGUUGUAGGUUGUGGUGGUGUUGGUAGUUGGGCAACCGUAAUGUUGGCUCGCUCAGGUGUACAAAAGAUUCGAAUUAUUGAUUUCGACCAAGUUUCUCUUAGUAGUCUUAAUCGUCAUGCUAUUGCUAAUCUUGAUGAUGUGGGUACACCAAAGACCGUGGCUUUAAAACGCGCCAUUAAGCGCUUUGCUCCAUGGAUUGAAAUCGAGGCUUAUAAUACACUGUAUAACCCUGAUUCCGCUGAUGAACUUCUUUCCGGAAAUCCAUCAUUUGUCAUCGAUGCCAUUGACAAUAUUCAAACAAAGGUGGAUUUAUUGGCUUACUGCUAUUAUCACAAGAUCCAAGUUAUUGCUUCUACCGGCUCAGCUUGCAAAUCCGAUCCUACUCGUAUGAACAUUGCCGACAUUUCAGCUACUGCCGAGGAUCCGCUGUCUCGCGCUACCCGUCGUAGACUAAGGCUUUUGGGAGUUAUGGAAGGAAUCCCUGUUGCCUUCUCUUCCGAAAAACCCGAUCCUCGUAAAGCUAAUCUGCUACCCCUAUCAGAAGAGGAAUUUGAUAAAGGAGAUGUUGAUCAAUUAAGUGCUUUACCUGAAUUCCGCUCUCGUAUCCUCCCUGUUAUUGGACCUAUGCCUGGUAUCUUUGGUCUUACUCUUGCUACUCAUGUUUUAACACGCAUCGCCAAAUAUCCCAUGGAUCCCAUUUCUACUCAGGUUCGUCCUCGUCUUUACGAAGAAGCCGUAAAGCGUUUACAUGCUGAGGCGAGAAAUGCCAAUGUUCGUUUAGACAAAACUUUUAAUGCUUCUGAAAUGUCCUAUCUUAUUGAAGAAGUUUACUGUGGUCGAAGUGCUCUUUUUCCCCAUGAAUCCCAAAAAGUAAGUGUGGUUAGAUGGAACCCUCACGUGCCUUUUGAGCAUACCAAUCUCGUAGCUAUGACAAGAGAUGAAGCACGUAAGCAUGAAGCUACUGUUUUAGCUCCUCAGCUCGAUCCCUCUGCCGUCUAUCCUAAGGAAGUCAUCGACGUCGUCAAUAAGUUUUUGCAUCGUUUGCGCAUCUGGAAGAUGCUUUAUUAAGCUAAUUGAGUACUUACUUUGUAUUUGUUUACUAUAUUUUUUUGGUAUCAUUAGGUAGUUAUAGGUGCAUUCACUAAAUUGGAGAAAAUGAACAGAGGGAAAUCGAUUCCUCUCAAUUUGGGAUGUUUGAUUGAAUAUAAUUAUUAUUUUUCUUUUGUUUCAAAUCCAUUUGAGUACAUUUUUGGAGUUUUUGGAAACAUGUCUAUUUCG